AUGACUGCAGCAGAGGCCCUAGCAGCGCAGCAGCACGGCGGUGGCCUGUUCAAUGCCCAGCGUAGCGAGGAGGAGCUGGCGGUGCUGCGCGCCUUUCCGCCCCGCACCCUGCCGGACCUGGCGGCCCAGCGGGACGUGCUCAAGGGCUACGCCGCCGCCUCGCCCGCCGCCGUGCUGGCCGGCUACUGUGGCGCCUACCUGCUGAUGCAGACGUUCGCCAUCCCGGGCACCAUCAUGCUGAGCCUGCUGGCGGGGGGCCUGUACGGCGUGUGGCGCGGCGGCGCCCUGGUGGCCGCCGUUAGCACGCUGGGAUCCUGCUCCUGCUACUGCCUGUCGUGGGCGCUGGGACAGCCGCUGGCGCACGCGCUCUGGCCCGAGCGCCUGGACAAGUACGCGGCAGAGGUGGGGGCCCGCCGCUCCGAGCUCCUCAACUACAUUGUCUUUCUUCGCCUGACGCCCAUCCUGCCCAACACCUUCAUCAACGUCGCCUCGCCCAUCGUCGGCGUGCCGCUGCUGCCCUUUGCGCUGGGCACGCUCUUCGGCUGCCUGCCCAACAACAUUGUGGCGGUGAACGCCGGCAGCCACCUGGGCGACCUGACGUCACUGGGGGACCUGUACAGCACCAAGCUGGUGGCCCUGGGCGCCGGCAUGGGCCUUGCGGCGCUGGCUCCCACGAUGCUGAAGCAGCGCCAUGCCCGGCAAGCGGCCGCCGCGGCCGCCGCGGGAGCGGCCAAGGCUGGCAAGCUGGCGUGA